AUGGGCUGCUCCAUGAAGGCAAAUCUACUCAGCAUCUGGCGCCAGCACUUUGUUAUAGAGGAUCAGUUGCUAGAGGUGGACUGUUCUAUGCUUACACCUGCACCCGUCUUGCAAGCCUCGGGUCAUGUAGAGCGUUUCACCGACUUGAUGGUCAAGGACGUGCAAACUGGCGACUGUUUUCGUGCCGAUCACCUUGUGAAAUCCAGUCUGGAGACGAAGAUGAAGAAUAAGAAGACCACAGAUUCAGAAAAAGAGGAAAUAUGCAAGAUAUUAUUACAGUUGGACAACCUCAGCGCUGAUGAAUUGGACGCUAUCAUUCGGAAGUAUGAUAUGAAGUCACCGACCACCAACAAUGCUCUCUCGGAACCUCAAGAGUUCAAUCUCAUGUUUUCCACCUUGAUAGGACCGAGCGGACAGUGCAAGGGAUAUCUUCGACCUGAAACCGCUCAAGGCAUAUUCGUUAAUUUCCAACGAUUGCUUCAAUUCAAUCAAGGGCGCAUCCCGUUUGGCGCCGCACAGAUUGGUCCGGCGUUCCGAAAUGAAAUCAGUCCGCGCUCUGGUUUAAUUCGUGUGCGUGAGUUUGUUAUGGCGGAAAUUGAAUACUUCGUUGAUCCUGGAAACAAACGGCAUCCGAAAUUCGCUCAAGUGAGGGACACUGAAAUGACGCUGUAUUCGGCCUGUGCCCAAAUGGACGGUCUUCCGCCGCGAGUCAUGACAAUCGGCCAAGCUGUGGAUGAGGGCACCGUAGCCAACGAAACUCUGGGCUACUUCAUGGCCCGCAUUCACUCUUUCUUGUUGGUGGUUGGUGUCAACCCGGGUCGACUGCGCUUCCGGCAGCAUUUAUCCAACGAGAUGGCACACUACGCCAGCGAUUGUUGGGAUGCAGAGUGCCAUACUAGCUACGGAUGGAUCGAAUGUGUCGGGUGUGCUGAUCGCAGCUGUUUCGACCUAACGCAACACGCAAAGGCGACCGGUGCACGUUUGGUGGCAGAAAAACGCUUACCCGAGCCGCGUCCCGUUCAAGUCUGCAAGUGCGUGCCAAACAAACAAGCUCUCGGCAAAGCUUUUCGCGGUGAGGCCAAAUCUGUCGCGGAACACUUGGCUUUACUUGGAACGAAUGAAACGCGCUCUUUGAAAGAGGAACUCCACAUUACCGGCCAAGCCGAGUUGUCUAUCGGCAGGAAACAAUAUUUGAUCGAUACGUCUAUGGUGGAUAUAAAAGAAUUUGAUGACAAAAUUCACGUGGAGGAAUUCACACCAAACGUAAUCGAACCGUCCUUUGGCAUCGGCAGGAUUCUCUACGUGCUAUUCGAGCAUUCUUUCAGAAUCCGAGAUGGCGAUGAGCAGAGAACGUACCUCUCUGUUCCUCCGAUUUUGGCUCCAUACAAAUGCUCUGUCCUGCCGCUCUCGUCCCAUCCAUCGUUCACCCCAUUUGUCGCUCAGCUGUCGACCGCCCUCACUCGUCUCGGCGUAACCCACCGUGUGGAUGACAGCAGUGGUUCCAUCGGUCGCCGAUAUGCUCGAACGGAUCAGAUUGCCAUCCCCUACGGCAUAACUGUUGACUUUGAUACAGUGAAUAAAUCACCUGCCUCCGCGACCCUGCGGGAGCGUGACACAAUGGGACAAAUUCGCGUGCCGCUUGAUGAGUUACCCUCGUUGGUCAACAAUUUGUCCAACGGUCUCAUGGCUUGGUCAGAUGCACAAUCCAAAUAUCCCUUAUUUGAGCAACAAGACACUGGUAAACUAUAG